GGGAAGGGGGACAGGGACACCACCCGAGACCCCCAAGAUGCUCCCCGAGGAGCGCAAGGAGGGCUCCCCCCGCUUUGGGAAGCUCCAUUUCCCGGUGGGGCUCUGGAUCAACUCCCCCAAAAAACGCCUGGCCAAGAUGAGCCGGCGCUGGCCCAGCGCGGGUUCCGUCAGAUCCACCUCGUCGGACACCCCGAGCAGCCGCCCCGCCGACCCCAACCCCUCCGACCCCCACCCUGCACCCCCCAAAUCCAAACCCGCCCGCCACAAGCGCCUGUCCCACCUCUUCCACCGCGCCACCAACGCCCCCCAGGGCCACCAAACCCCCUCCCAGGGCCACCACGACCCCCAAAACGCCCCCCUUUCCCCGCGCUGGGGCAGCGAGAAGAAGCUGCCCGAGCUGUUGGGGCCGCCCCGGGGACAAGGACAGGGACAAGGGCAGGGACAAGGGGGUGACCCCCAGGACCUGCCGUGCAUCCUGAAGAUCUUCGGGGGUGCCAUCUGCCGCGGGGCCAACUACAAGAGCGUGCUGGCCACGCCGCGCUGCCGCGCCCGCGCCCUGGUGCGCGAGGCCCUCGAGCGCUACGGCCUCGACCCCAACGACGCCGCCCAGUUCGCCCUCUGCGACGUGGUGGGCAGGCCCGGGGGGCGGGGGCGGCCAGGGGGCUGGCAGGGCGAGCACCUGCGCGAGGUGGGCGACCUGGAGAGGCCCCUGGUGCUGCAGGAGCUCUGGAAGCCCAAGGCGGGCUGGUCGAGGCGCUUCGAGAUCCGCCGCAGGGACGAGCUGGACAGGGGGGAUGGAGAUGAGGACAGCCCUGGGCUGCCCCCAGCGGCGGCUGCAGCGGAACCGUUCCCGGGCGGCCUCGGGGGUCCCGGCAGGCCCCGAGACCCCCGUGAAGGCCCCCGACCCGCGGGGGGUCCCAGGACCCCGGGGGGGCCGAUGCGGCGCAGCAUCAGCGACCUCAACCUGAGCACGCGGCGGCGCCAGCGCAAGGCCCUCAGCCUGGCGGGGGAGGAAGAAGGGGGGCCCAGCCUGGAGCUGCUGUCCCAGUGCCUGAUCCGGCCCCCCCAGGACCGCCCCUAUUUCCUGCUGCUGCAGGGGGGGGGCAAGGAGGAUUUCGUCAUCUACGUCAUGACCCGCCCCCAGCACGUUUUCGGCCACCUCGAGCGCCGGGGGACCCCGAAAACGCCUCGGGGGACCCCCCUGGUCAGGAGAGCCCCCCUGAGCCCCGGGGACCUUCUGGGGCUGGGGGGGCACGUCCUGCUGCUCUACAGAGACCCCAGCCGAGACCCCGGGACCCCGCCCUGGCUGCCCCCCCCGCGCCCCUCCCCGGGCCUGGCGGGGGUCUUGGGGUGCCCCCGGUGCGGGAGGACCCCCCAGGAGAGGCAGGAGGCGCUCAGGGGGGCCCUGGAGACCCCCCGGGCCGAGCUGCGCUACCCCCAGGACGAGGACGCGCUGCUCAGGGACAUCCUGCGGCUGCCCCCCGCGGGGGGGGACACCCAGGGGGACAUUGAGGGGGGGGACAUCGAGGGGGACACCCCCGGGGACGACCUCGGGGGUCUCGCCCCCGCCUUCCUGCUCGGGCUCUGCUUGGACCACGCGGCGAGGGAGUUCCCGGCGGGGCACCUGCCCGACCUGCUGGCCAGGGUGGCCACCAUGCUGAGGGACACCGUCUGGGAGAAGAUCAAGGAAAUCGGGGAUCGGCAGCCGGAGAGUGACCCCCCAGAGCCCCCAAACCCCCCCGAGGGGGUGGUCCAGGGGGUCCCAGGGGACCUGAAGCCCCUCCUGCUCUGGUUGGCCAACGCUGUGGAGCUGCUCAACCUGGCCCAGGGCCACGUCCUGGAGCUGGAGAAGGAGCUGGAGAUCGAAGGGCCAUGCCCGGAGCUGCAGAGGGACCUGGAGAGCUGUGACGAGGCCCUGGCCGUGCUGGACGAGGUGAUCAUGUCCACCUUCCAGCAGAGCGUCUACUACCUCACCAAGAGCCUGUACUCGGCCCUGCCUGCCCUCCUGGACACCAACCCGUUUUUGGGGGGUCCUGGGGAGCAGCCCCGGGCGGGGCCCCCCGACCUGGGCUCGGUGCCCGAGGGGCUGAGACCCCCCCUGGCCGUUUUUGGGGGGGUCCUGGCCCUGACCCGGCGGGUGGGGCUGCACCCCGACCUCGUGUCCCAGACCUUCGGCUACCUCUUCUUCUUCUGCAACGCCUCCCUCUUCAACACCCUCAUGGAGAGGUGGGGUUUGAGGGUCCCUGAGGUCCCUCUUCUUCUUCUGCAACACCUCCUCUUCAACACCCUCAUGGAGAGAGGAGGAGCAGGCCCGUUCUUCCAGUGGUGGGUGGGGGUCCGGGUCCGCACCAACCUGGACCUGGUUUUGGAUGGUCUGGGGGCCCUCGGGCUGGGGGACAUCGCGGGGGACUUCUUCAAAAAGCUCUCAGCGACGGCAAACCUGCUCUGCACCCCCAGGGGGACACUGGCCAAGAUGUCCUGGUCCCGUCUCCGUUCCGAGUUCCCGUCGCUGUCCCCGUCCCAGCUGCACCACCUGCUGUCCCAUUACCAGCUGGGGCCCGGCAGGGCCCCCCCCCCGGGCUGGAACCCCCCCCCCGAGGAGCUCCAGGCGGCCACCACCGGUGACAUUUUCGAGAGUUUCUCGGACCACCCCCUCCUGUUGCCCACCCGGGGGUUUCGCCUCCCGGAGCCCCUCGGGCCGGGGGGGCUCCUCAGGCCCCUCCUGCGGCUCCGGCGGCGCCUCUGGGAGCUCGAGGGGGUCCCGGCCAACCAGAGGGGGCUCAGCAUCGAUGGCACCCCCUGAGGGACCCCAAAAACCAUCCUGGGACCCCCAAAAUCCCCCAAAACCCCCUGGGAUCACCUGCAGGAACAGCG